UCCUGAAACGGUUCACAUGUACCCUUUUUUUUCUUAUUUAGAAAAUUAUCAGCCACAUGAAGUAAGAACUAUGGAUUUUAUAGUUUGCCGAACAUGCUAAGUUAAUUGGUGAAUCUUGGGAAUUUUUCAUUAAUUCACCGAGGUGCAAUUUUGGGGUUUCGGUGGAUUUAGUGAAUAUGGUCUAUACGGCAAUCGCCUACUUAGCCGUGGCGGGUGCAGCUUGGUUAUUUCUCAGGUUUGUGCAGGCCUGCUUCUGCCUACCCGGCCAUCUCAGGCGCCAGAACAAUGUGCAACAAAUGUUGCAAGAAAAAGUGGACAGUUACGAGCGUUACAUACGCGACUGCGAGGCCAAGGAGGCAGCCGGUUUAGCGACCACCAGCAGCGGAAACAGUAACGACACCCGCAGCCUCGAGGAGCAGCAAAAGGAGCGAAAAGAGUGCCUGGACAUGCUGAAACGCGAGCUCAAGCGCAUACAGGAGGGUGGCGAUCCCUACGACUUUGCCUAUCUGCUGGACGAGGAGGAGAAACGACUGCUGGAGGACAGCGACAAGGAGGAGGACGACAAUAAGAGCAACGAGAACAAGAUCAAAAUUGACGAGGAUCAAGACCAGCCUGAUGCCGACGACGAUUUGGCAAAGUCCGAUGACGAUGAGUCCGAACCGAAGAAGGACAAGUGAACAAUUAUAAAUCAUAUACAAAUGCAGUUUAUAUAUGGCAUUUUCAUGUACGUGUGAUCGAAUAACAAGUGUAAAUGUAUAAGUGUCUUCGUUGUAAUUAGAUAGCUGCAGAUUUACUUUUUGAUUCCUAUCAAUUGUGGUUCACACUUUUUCAAUUUUUAUCGCAAGAUGGAUUCACCAUAAAGUGCCUUUGAAAUUAGCGCUCAUUUACUUAAAUAUAUAUACCUACUAAAUGAAUCCAUACCUCAUUUACGCCAGUAAUUUUCAACAAACCGAUGUAAAUAUACUGUGUUCUAUCAGUGGAAACUAAUGAUGCAUUGCAAAUUUAGCUGGUAGUAAAAUCGAUGAUUAUCAAUACAAUAAUCACUACUAAUUUUCUUAAACUAAUUUCACUGAAGAUGUUGCCGCACGAAUAUUGCGAUAGUAACAAUGUUCAAAUGGAGUAUAGGUAAAUACAAAACGAAUCGAGCUGUAUCUCUGUGAAAGCUCUUCGAUUCACCCUUGUACUAUAAAGCCUCUCACAUGCAUAAAUAUAAAUCAAUACAAGUGUGUGUAAUAUUUUAACUAUGAUGAUUGUUAUAAUUGAUUACUUUCAUUUUUAAU